AUGGUAACAUGAGCAAUGCUAUCAUUUUAGUACAGUAUACUAUGCGCUACUGUAGCUCCCUUGAAUGUCUAACAUGAGCAAUUUCAGAUUGCUGGCUAUAUCAUCCGCCCACUGUCUUCCCACAUCCGAACCCAUGAUUUCGACCUAUCCAGACCUCUCACAACUCUCAGCUUCACAGGUUUGCCCGAGUUACCCCAACUCACCCCUAGCCCCAAGUCUUUCCAGGAACGUUUUCAAUCUCCGAAGCUCAUGCUUGGCUCCACCAACUUAUCCCAAAUAUCCCUUUGAAGUGCCCGCCAAGCGACAGUAUUACCAAUAAUUUUCAAUGUGUUACUAAUGGCGGGACAUUGUUGCAAGUGAUUUAUUCGUGAGUUUGGGGGGAGUACUGUAUGUUCCUUUAAAGAAACCGGGGGACCUACUACUGUAUGUCAGGUAUUUAAAGGUACAUGCCCCUUUAAGUUUGGAUUUUACUGUAAUCUCAAAGCUAACAUGAGCAAUACCCAUAUUUUUGCAGAAAAGGUUCGGCAAUCUUCCGCUCGGAUUGUUUGACAACAAUCUCGAUUAUUCGAGAUCGGGUAACCGAGGAAACCAUGAGCAAACAAGUUCGAGUCGAUGUGUCUUGUGGUGGGUUUUGGUCGAGCGCAGCGAGUGUAGACCGCAAGGUUCCGCGUCAGCGGCCUCGAGCGCGGAAGCGCGAGUGUAUGUGCCUUUGAGUGAGACGGAUAGGGGACAUACACUCGCGCAAGGCGCUCGAGGCCGCUGACGCGGAAGCUUGCGGUCUACACUCGCCUAUGCCUCGAGCGGAGCGAGUGUAGACCGCAAGCUUCCGCGUUAGCGGCACUGUCUUCCGCUUCAGCGGCCACGUGGAUUACUAUAUGGUUUGCCACGUCAUAGCAAAGCACGUGGCCGCUAAAGCGGAAGACAGUGCCGCUGACGCGGAAGCUUGCGGUCUACACUCGCUCCGCUCGACCCUACUAUAAGCAAUGCCUCGAGCGGAGCGAGUGUAGACCGCAAGCUUCCGCGUCAGCGGCACUAUCUUCCGCUUCAGCGGCCACGUGGUUGACUAUAGGAUUUGCCACGUCAUAGCAAAGCACGUGGCCGCUUAAGCGGAAGACAGUGCCGCUGACGCGGAAGCUUGCGGUCUACACUCGCUCCGCUCGACCCUACUAUGAGCAAUGCCUCGAGCGGAGCGAGUCUAGACCGCAAGCUUCCGCGUCAGCGGUCCCGAGCGCGGAAGCGCGAGUGUAUGUAAGGCCCUCUUAAAGGGACAUAUACUCGCGCAAAGCUGCCGAGAACCUUUCUGACCCUGAUGUUUUUUCAGAUCUCAACGAGGAAUCCGUUUUCCACUGUCUCAAAUUAUUGGAUCCCAAAAUGACGCAUCUCAUAAACUUGGAAAAGCAGAAGAUCUUGGCUUCCGCUCUAAAGGUACACACACAUCAGACACCGGUCACAUUUUUUUUGGGGGGAUUUUUUUUUGCUGAGAAUCUAAUAGUAGUAUAACAUGAGUAAUGUGAUACCAAAAUAAAACGAAACAAAAUUAGUCUUGGACCGGAAGUGUGACGGAGUGAAUGGAAAUUUGAGAGUCCAAAUGAAAUUUUUUUUUUUUGGAAGAUUUUGGACAUUUUUAUUUUUGCACGGGACGAGCGCGGAAGCGCGAGUGUAAACCGCAAGCUUCCGCGUCAGCGGCACUGUCUUCCGCUUUAGCGGCCACGUGGAUUACUAUGACGUGGCAAGGGAUCAUAGAAAUCCGCGUGGCCGCUGACGCGGAAGCUUGCGGUUUACACUCGCUUCGCUCGAGCCUACUAUGAGCAAUGUCUCGAGCGAGUGUAGACCGCAAGCUUCCGCGUCGGCGGCACUGUCUUCCGCGACAGCGGCCACGUGGAUUAAUAUCAUCCCUUGCCACGUCAUAGCAAUCCACGUGGCCGCUGAAGCGGAAGACAGUGCCGCUUACGCGGAAUCUUGCGAUCUACACUCGCGCAAAGCGCUCGAGAGUACUGUAGUCCAAACUGAUAUGAGCACUGACUCUGAUCUUUGUUCCUUUAACGUCAGGUACUGUACCUACCUGAGACGGGUACGAGCUGAACACCUGACACUUAUGAUCCUUUAAAAUCAUGUACUGUGCCCCUUAACCUGAGUAAUCCCCAUUUUUUCCCAGGAACUCGAGGCCAAUAAUUCCGACGUCUUCUCCUUCCUGAGUUCCGGAAACGCGGAACUUCUCCGCAACUACGAUCGAAUCCACGAGGAAGCGGAAAACAUGAAAAUCGAUGACACCGGAAUCAUUCAAAUCUACCGUAAUCUGUUAACAUGCCGUGCAAAAUUGAACGGAAAACCGAUUCGUGGAAAAUUGGAAGGAUUGGAGGAGAUUUUAAGGGAUAAUUAUAGCCUGGAAAAUGUUGUGGAGUAUUUUAGAAAAGCUAAUGAUUGA